AUGCCGCGUGGGCCGGCGAAUUACGCGCCGCUAACCCCGCUAACCUUCCUCGAGCGGGCGGCGCGGGUGCAUCCCGACUCGCCGUCCGUGAUCUACGGCCGGCGGCGCUUCACGUGGGCGCAAACCUUCCUCCGCUGCUGCCAGCUCGCCGCGGCGCUGGAGCGCGCGUGCGCGCGGAGAUACGAGCGCGUGGCGGUGCUUGCGCCGAACGUGCCCGCGGCGUACGAGGCGCAGUUCGGCGUGCCGCUCGCGGGCGCCGUGCUCGUGUCCGUAAACGCGCGCCUCGACGCCGCGUCCGUCGCGCGCAUUCUCGCGCACAGCGAUAGCAAGGUGUGCCAUGUGGUGCCUAGCGACUCCUCUCUCUGCCCCACCCAAGACUCCUCUUCCUCUUCAUUUUCCCCCGAUCCCCCCUCUCCCUCCCCCUGUUAUAACACUCAUCACUCUUCAUCUCUUGUGUUUCCACUCACCCUCCUGGCCUUUCCCUUGUCGUCCCUGUUGCAGAUUCUCCUGGUGGAUCAACACUUGGCAUCUCUUGCUCUCUCCGCACUCUCCCUCCUCCCCACCGCCACAUCACCCACCCACACAACCCACGUCCGUCCAAAGAUCGUGCUUAUAGUGGACGACGAGGUGCACUCGUCUGCUGACAUGGCAGAUCCGGGCGGCGAGCAGGCGGAUACAGAGGGGUUGGGAGCGGUGGGGGAGUAUGAGGAGUGGAUAACAGCUGUGCCAUGCAUUGGGCCUGACCCCAUAGCCAUCAACUACACCUCAGGCACCACGUCAGCACAGCCCAAGGGGGUUAUCUACUCCCACCGCGGCGCUUACCUAAACGCGCUAAGUGCCGCGCUUAUGGUGCAACUACGCACGCACGCGGUUUUCCUGCUCUCCGUCCCUCUUUUUCACUGCAACGCAUGGUGCUUCUGCUGGUCUCUCCCGGCUGUCUCCGGCACGGGUGUGCUUAUAAGGAAUGUGAGUGCCCGUGCGAUUUUUGCGGCGGUGGCGGAGAGAGGGGUGGAGGUGAUGGUGGGGGUGCCGGUGGUGCUGAAUCUGAUGGUGAAUGCUGAUGAGGAGGAUAAGGCGUUGCUGGGAGCGAGACGAGGAGGGAACGGAGAGGAAAGAGGGGAGGUGGAGCAGAUAGGGUGGGGUAACGAUGAGCAACUGCAUAGGGUAACCAGCAGGGGAAAGUAUUCCAAGAGGGUUACGGUACUGACAGGCGGUGCCCCUCCCCCAGCAGCCAUUUUGGCUCAAAUGGAGCAGCUAGGCUUCGACGUUAUCCACUCCUAUGGAUUAACUGAGACCUACGGGCCGGCAAUGUUCUGUGACUGGAAACCCCACUGGGACUCCCUUCCCCUGACCGACCGCGCGAGAAUCAAAUCUCGGCAGGGCGUGCGGCACAUCGGGCUGCAGGCUGCUACAGUGAUUGAUAACAGGACGCUGCGGCCGGUUCCUAUGGAUGGUGUGACUAUAGGCGAGGUGGUGUUUAGGGGGAACACAGUCAUGCGGGGGUAUUUAAAUGCGAGGGAAGAAACAGCUGCUGCGUUUGCGGGUGGGUGGUUUCACUCAGGGGAUCUGGCCGUGGUGCAUCCAGAUGGGUAUGUAGAGAUUAAAGACCGUUCUAAGGAUAUAAUAAUUUCUGGCGGGGAGAAUAUUAGCAGUAUUGCAGUGGAGGGGGUGCUGUACCGGCAUGCUGCAGUGAUGGAAGCAGCUGUUGUGGCUAGACCUGAUGAUAAGUGGGGGGAAACUCCCUGUUCCUUUGUGGGCCUCAAACCUGGUUACACUGUUACCACCACAGCUACAACUGGCCGUGCAACUGAUGCUGCGACUGCAGGAGGGGUUGGGCAGGUGGAAAGUGAGCAGGCUGGAUCUGGGCAGGUGGUAUCUGAGGAGGAUAUCAUCCUGUUUUGCCGGGAGCAUCUGCCACACUUUAUGGCGCCCAAGAGUGUUGUUUUCGGCCCGCUGCCCAAGACUGCUACGGGCAAGAUCCAAAAGUUUCUUCUACGGGAGCGAGCAAAGCAGCUGGGUUCGCUACCGUGGCAGGGGCACAGGAGCAAGCUGUGA